ACAGCGUUCCCAUGGACGGGAAGCGACAGGUCUGCGAGGAUGCCGAGGUCCUUCCUGUCCUCGUCGGUCUUCUACGGGACAAAGACGUGGAGGUUCAAGCCAACGCUGCAGGAGUCAUCAUGAACACCGUCAUCAUUACCACCGGUAAGCAGCGGUGCCUGGACCUGGACGUCCUCCCCGUCCUCCUUGGCCUGCUGUCUGAGAAGCACGGGGACGAUGACGAGGAGGAGAUGAAGAAGAGGAGGAAGGCCCUCAUCAUGUACGUCCUUCGUGCGCUCACCUCAUUGGCUGAGGCUCCUAACGGCCGCCGCCUCCUCCUGGAGCAGCUCCCCCUGCUGGAGAAGAAGGCUGAGGCUGCGGAGGUGGACCAGGACAUCCGGCGGGCCACUCAGACCGCCAUCCAGGUCAUCACCUGGACUCCAUGACCUCUGACCUCCAGAGGUCUCAUGGAGUAAGAAAAUAAAAAAGCAAAACUCAUCACACAUUUUCUGAUGUCAU